GAAUCGAGUCGCGAGACCGUACGGACGAGAACGAGACGAGUCGUUCAGGACGUGACGGUGCCAGGCUCACCACAAGGGCCAGAGGCCGUACGCCCGCGCCGAGCACAAGAUGGCCCGCAGCGCGCUGGUCCUCGCGGGGCUGGCGGUGGUAGUGGCCGCAGCGCUCGCCCAAAAGAAAGAUGACAAGAAGGAGGACUUCCAGUGCCCGGAAGGGAGCGGCAACGGCAACUUCGCAGACCCCUCGACGUGCCGGAGGUUUUACCAGUGCGUCGACGGAUACCCGUACCUGAACCGUUGUCCUGCCAGCCUAUACUUCGACGACGUGAACAAGCUGUGCACAUUCAAAACAGAGGCACGCUGCGGACCGCUGCCGACGACGCCCGCGCCCAUCACCGAGACACCCGUCGACUUGGCUCUGAAGUGCGACCCGAGCCAGUGCGAGCUGCCGUACUGCUGGUGCUCGCGCGACGGCACCCUCAUCCCCGGCGGCCUCGAACCAGCCGAGACGCCGCAGAUGAUCCUGCUCACGUUCGACGGCGCCGUCAACAUCAACAACAUCGAGCACUAUCAGAAGGUGUUCACGGACCAGCGGAAAAACCCCAACGGCUGCGGCAUUCGUGGAACCUUCUUCAUCUCGCACGAGUACUGCGACUACCACAUGGUGCAGGAGCUGGCCUCUAAGGGCCACGAGAUCGGCACCGAGACCAUCUCGUUGCAGCAAGGUCUUCAGGACAAGGGCUACGAAGAGUGGGUAGGCGAGAUGAUCGGUAUGCGGGAGAUCCUGCGCCACUUCGCCAACGUGUCUCGCAGCGACGUCACCGGCAUGCGCGCGCCCUACCUCAAACCCGGCCGCAACACGCAGUACGAGGUCAUGGACGACUUUGGCUACAUCUACGACAGCUCCAUCGGCAUCCCGCCGUCCAGGGUACCCAUCUGGCCGUACACGCUGGACUACAAAAUACCGCACGAGUGCAAGUCGGGCACCUGCCCGACCAAGACUUUCCGGGGCAUUUGGGAGGUGCCGCUUAACGCCCACUUUGUUGAGACGUACGAGGGCGGCCACUGCCCUUACCUCGACCAGUGUGUGCUCCACAACCACAACUCGGACGAGGUGUUCGAGUGGCUCAAGGAGGACUUCAACCGAUACUACAAGCAGAACAGAGCACCGUACAUGAUGCCCUUCCACACCAACUGGUUCCAGAUCAAGGAGUUGGAGCAAGGCCUUCACAAGUUCAUCGACUGGUCCAAGGGCUUGCCCGACGUCUGGUUCGUUACGGUGACCCAGGCACUCGUGUGGAUGACGGACCCACGACCCGCGAAGGACCUUAACACUCUGGAGGCGUGGAAGUGCGAGAAGAAAGAGAACCUACCACCUCCGCCGUGCAGCCUGCCUAACAGCUGUGCGGUGCCGUUCAAACCGCCAGAGGCCAACUUCUCAGCGACGAGAUAUCUCACCACAUGCCGAUCCUGCCCGAAAAGAUAUCCUUGGCUUGGAGACUCAGAAGGGACUGGUAUUGAUGGUAAGGAUCAGUACACACCAGAGAACUGAAGAGAUAUCCAAAGGUGCAAGAUAAUUCCCAACAGAACAGGUGACGCUGUUUGGAAUAUUUCUCCUCAUGCUGAAAUAUUAUAUUUUGGAACUUCAAAAUUUACAUAUGAUGUACAUUUAAAUAGUUGUUGCUUUUUUUGUGUGUGUUUUCUGGGGAGGGGGCAAUUUUUAACUAAAAUUUCAACAACAUUAAUGUGUUUGACAACGAAGUAUGACUACGUACUCUGGCAAUAACCCAACAGCUUGAUUUUGACAGCUAGAAACUUCUCUCGCUGAAUUAGGUGUGUAGGGUUUUGUCUUAAUAGAGCCAAAUAUUUAGAUGCAUUCCUCCCUUUCAGCAACAUGUGACUGAUAUAAGCCCUCCAGAAGUGAUUAACUAUUGACUGUUACUUUGUUUACAACAAUGUUGUUACUUUAGUUAAGUAAAUAAAUUGUAAGUUUGUAUUUACUUGUUUUGCUGUAAAAAGACCUAAAUAUAGUUCAUAUUUUCGUUUUUGAAAAAAAAAAAGUUCUUUUUAGAAUGUGCUUUGCCAAAACCACUAGGUGUUGCUACUAUCACUUCAAAUAUUACUCCAUAAACACAACGAAUGAACACAAGUGAUAUAUUUCAGAUUUUCCCUAUGUAUAGAAGUGCCACUUAGGGAUCAAACAAAAGAAAUAAAAUGUUGUUUCUGGAUUGUA